UCGAACUGGUACCAUAAAAACUCGUAUCUAAAGGCAACCAAGACCCUUAUCUCUCUGUCACUCUAGUCCACAUUCCAAAGUUUCCAGUAUUACCCUAUUCAGAAAAUGGCAAAGGGGAAGAGAGAAUUGCUAUCAAAAGCUCCAUGGAGAGGCGAUGAUGCUGAUGAAGAAACCAACAAGUUCAAAGACGCAAAGCUGAAAGUGACCAAUCAACCAGGCUCCACUCCUACUAUGCACGUCCCUCGCAAAAAGAACAGAAACCCUGCUGACGACGACGACGAAGAUGACCUUCUCGAACUGGACCCAGAGCUUCGCUACAGCUUUCAGCGCAAUUUUCAGUUUCUUCAAAGAGUGUUUAGUAUUGAUACUGUUGUGAAGCCACUUCCACCUGCUAUGCAAUAUAAUGUUUCUCGCAAUUUGAGCUUCUUUACCCGUAUCUUUACUCAGUUCUUCGAUCCUGAAGGUAUUGCAAAUGCGCAAAAAUCACUUGGAUUAGGCCAAGAAGAGAAAGACCGUCGGGUCCGUUGAGAAAGAAUGAUCCUCUGUAGCAUUCUGUUGUAAUUUUGACCUAUUGUGAUCUUUGUUUUCUUAAGAGUCCGCUCAGCAUAAUUUAUUGUCUCCAAGAUGAGAAUUUUUAUUCUAAUCGGAAAAUCCCAAUGUUUUUCCAUUAUAAUCCCUAAAAUAACAUUAUCCACAUUCCUAUGUAAUAUGACUGCUCGGACUGCCUUUUGAUUGGCUCUUAUAAACUGAUAGGAGGACCUGAAAUAUUCUUGUA